AUGGCGGACACAGAGGACAAAGACCGGGCUGAGAAGCUUGCUGCUGCUAAGAAAAGAGUAGCGCAGAUGCAAAAGCAAAAAGGCAAGAAGGGAAAGAAAGGGGAAUCUAGUAAACAGGCUACAGCUUUAACGGAAGCGGGACCUAAAGGGCAAUCACCAGACUCUAAAAAGGAAGCGGAACCAGACUCCGAAAAGCAAACAGAGGCAGAUUCUCCGAAGGAUACAACAGCCGAAAAGGAUAAUAUCGAUGAAGCAGUUGUGGAGACAUCAACUCCUGUUGAAGAACUGGCAGAUGAAAGCAAUACAAAGGAAGAAGAGGGCGAGGAAGUUUUACCCAAAGUCCGAUCCCAUGGCCGUCAGCCGUCGAUAUCUGUCCAAUCCAAACUUCGUUCUUCGUCCUUCCGCCAGGAUUCGAAAGUACCGGUAAUCAGUCCCAGCUCUUCGGGCGUUAAAUCCCCGCCAUUACCUCUCAGCCCUGAUGGAAGCACAGCGCCAGAAAUGUUUAGAAAACAAGCCAUAAGAUUGGAAGAGCUUGAGAAGGAGAAUAAACGGCUGGAAAAAGAGGUGGAGGUGACAAGCGCAAAAUGGAAGAAGUCUGAAGAACAGCUUGACGAUCUACGUGAAGCUAGUACUGAAACUGUUGAGUUAAAGGAGAAGCUUGCAAAGGCCGAAAAGCAGGCAGAGGAAGUAGAGAAACUUAAAGCGGAGGUUAGUGCUUUACAGAGGCAGAACUCUCAUCUUCACACCAAAUCUCAUCGGCCGUCAAUCACCGCCGCAGUGUCAGGCAACGCAGACUCGCCAGAAUCUGAGCUGCUAAGUCAAUUAGACGCAAAGUCUGCAACAAUUGAAAAUAUGGAGAUGGAAAUAUCCAAUCUUAGAGCACAGCUGAACUCACAAUCCACCAACUCCUCAGCCCACCAGGAGCAAAUUUCGGCUUUGGAAGAUAAGCUGUCUCGCAGUGAAAAUGCACUUGAGAAGUCGCAGAGGGAGCUUGCAGAUGCCAAACAGGCUGUAAGCCGAGCAGCAGAAAAGGCUGUUAAAGAGGGCGUGGAUAAGACAUCCACUGAAACUCUCAUUAAGAGCCUAGAGCGCCAAAUCAAGGAAUCAGAGGAUGCUAAAGCUGAAGCUGAUAAAAAGAUAGACCUACUGGAAAAGAAGCUGCAAGCCUUAAGCAACCUCCAUAAAGAAUCGGAAAGUCGACAUCAAACCCGUAUGAAGGAGCGGGAUAAGUUCGAGAAAGACGUGGCCAUGCUUACAAAAAAGAUAACAACAACUGAAAAUGAAAAUCUACGACUCAAAGAGGAACGAGACCGCCUGAAGAAACGUGAAGCAUCAGGAGUCGGGGCUGAUGAAGGCCUAGAUGAGCUAGAAGAUGAAGAGAGACAGCGACUUGAACGAAAAGUUCGGGAUUUGGAGGGAGAAGUCUUUGAUCUUCGGCGCGGCAUAUGGAAAGAACGCAAACGUGAGCUCUCUUCUCAGCAUGAUGGUGAGGGCGCUCAGACAGAUAGCAAAUCCUUUUCAGGCACAUUCGAUGACGUCGAUCUCACCGGUGGUGCACCAGGAGGCCACAGCUAUGCCGGCCGUCGCAGUACCAGCCAGAGACCACAGCAACACUCAUCCUUUGCAACAGUAUUGCAAAGUGGUCUCGCUGCGUUUACCGGCGCGCAAGACCAGGAUAGAGGAUACAAGGGCUUCGAUUAUGAUUCCCACGCAGAGCCAAAUGAAGAAUUCCUAGACGACGAUGCGUUCGAUGAAGAUGCAUUUGCUCGUGCGCAAGAGGAGGAAGAGGCAAAGAAACGAGUAGAAUGGGCUCGGGAGAUAAAAGCAAAGCUAAAGAAUUGGAAAGGAUGGAGGUUGGAUCUUGUGGAAUGUCGGUAUGGAGCCCAAGGGGCAGGCAUAGGACUAGGGGAGAUCUUUGAGGCUUGA